AUGGCAUCCGCCCCAGGCCUGCAGGCCCCGAGAGGGGUCCACUAUACCAGAGAGGACCUGAACAUUGUCACAUAUAAUGUCCAUGGCCUCAACAUCCGCGAAAAGCGUACCAGACUCUUCAGUGACCUGAAACGGUAUGGAGCGACGGUAGCAUACAUCCAGGAGACACACUUUCAAAACUUCCGGGCACCAUCGCUCCGGGACCGCAACUUCCCAGUGGGAUACUUCAGCAAUAAUCUGCAGCGACACACACUGGUAGUGGGCAUUCUAUUCUCCAGAUGGACCCCAUACAUUGAACAAGACACGCUCCGAUGCACAUCAGGGAGAUACAUCUUCACAAAAGGCACCAUCCAUGACCAGAAAUACACUUUCGCAAACAUAUAUGCCCCAAACACGAAACAAUACCACUUCCUCCGCAGGACCAUGAUAGCUCUGAAGAGGUUCGCGGAGGGCACACUGAUAGUGGGAGGAGACCUUAACCUCCCCCUGCAUGAUCGAGACACCUCAGCGGCACACACACCGACACCUCCCGGCAGGCACGCAAGAACGCUCCAACUACUCCACCACCAUCAACUCAAAGACUGCUGGAGGGCAAUGAAUCCUGAACUAAGAGACAACACAUACUCGAGGCUGGACUACCUCCUACUGCCCUACCACAGCUUACCCCACCUAGUAAAGGCAGAAAUUCUACUGAUGACCUGGUCGGACCAUAACCCAGUCUGCAUACGACUACGAUCCUCGCUAUUCAGACCUCGCCUAGUUUCCUGGAGACUCAACGAGUUCAUCUUAACAGACUCCACACUGGUGUCAAGGACCGUGCAGGUCCUCCAGGACUACUUCAACAUGAACGAAACUGAGGACACAACACUCCUAACAUGCAGGGAGGCACACAAGGCGGUCAUACGAGGCCUUUAUCAUACUUUAUCACUCACUGCUCGGCACGGAAGAAGGCUCACACUAAAACAGUGA